GGAUCAAAACGGGAACUGCGCAUCGCGGCGCAUCCACCGGCUUCAAUUUUCUACGCUUCUACGCCGUGUUUUGUUGAAAACAAUUAUCCUGCAUAUCGAUCCGUUUUGAAAUCGUGUCGGAACGUGAUAUCUGUAAAAUUUGGUAAAUAUCCUUGUGAUUCCUUGUGAGAACUGAAGGUGUUAUAACCCAUGAGAAGGAAAGAAGAGAAUAAUCCCUAAGCACCCUCAACGACCAGAAAGGGAGUUGAAUUGACACUUUCAUGCUGAAAUUGCGGCUGGUCACAACCCACUUCCUGAAGCAGCCAUAGUUACAAUGUGCCGAGACAGAGAUAUGAAAUAAUCGGUUUCAACAUUUCCUUCCGUUUUUUUACAUUCAACUGCCUUGUAACCUUCGCUCUAGAACUGUUAUGUAAAAUACGAUGCAAAAUGAAGGGCCCCGUUAAAAAAGAAGACACCAAAAAGGAAUCGUUUGUAAAGAAGGAACAGAAGGAUAAAAAAUUGAAGGCAAAAAACAUAUUGCUCCAUUCUUGGUUGAACAGGAAUGAACAGAUCACCACCACUGAAGAAGCUAAAGUAGCAUGCAAGGCGCGGAAGAGGAAAGAGAGACAAGAAAGCAUCAGUUCCUUAUGUCAGGAAAGGAAAGUAAUCAGGUCCAACUCCGAGGAGAGGCCACACUCGAGAAGGCAAUCAGAAAAAGAUAGUAUUAUACGUCGAGUAUCUAGCAGUGAAGAUUUACACAUCCGUAACAUUAAAAAUAAAAGAAACCAGUCUUCGAAAGAAAACAUAGAUGUAAUAGAAAACAAUGUAUCUUUAGUUGUAGAUGAAUGUGAACAUGAAAAACGCAGAUCUCACGAGAGAUUCGCGAAACCCCUCACACUCAAGUGCAAGAAGUCUUUCUCUAAGAGACCAAAAGGAAAAAGUUUUUCCAAAACGAGGUACAAAGUAGACGAUAAACAUACGCAACACGAAGUUUGCAGCGUCAAUCUUCAAAUAAGCGAACAUAUUGAAGUUACCGCCCCAAAGGCUAAAAAGGAGAGAUCUCCAAGUCCUCACAGGCCUCCCUCAUCGACUUCGUUCGAUCUAUCGACCCUCCAUCAACAAGUUGACGAUUCUGAGCCACUUCCAUCGUGUUCCAAUCGAAUGAACAACGAUACUUCUCCAAGUUUAUCGGUGGUACCAAAUCGUUUGUUGUCCUCCCCUAGAAAUUCCAUAAUCGCGACACACUGUAUAUAUCUGGAUCCGGACGUAUGCGUGUAUAAUAAUGGUAGGAAGGUGAUCAGUCCAGCCGAGGAGAAGAUGCAGAAGAUCAGCAAGCAGUUGAGUGCCGUCAAGAAGAAAAUAAAGAAAUUCGAGGGGGAUUUUCAACUGAAGCAUGGAUUCAAGCCGAGCCAUUUCGACAAGAUGUGCGAUGCUGGAAUGAAGAAGCAUUACAUGGAUCUGACCAAAUUGAAGAAGGAGUUUAAGUUGCUUCAAGAGUCUGGUUCUAAAUUUAUGAAUGACGGGGAUUCCAUCGAUGGUAAAGAGAAAUGUCUUCAGGAAAUCAUGAAGGAUAUUGAGCUGAAACUUGAAACGAAGAGGGAAUUUGGUAGCAGAACCUGUAAGAUUGAGGAGAUGACGCAGGAACAGCUUUCGGAAGAGAAAGUGGCUGUGCAGAAGGCCCUUCUCCAUUUGGAAAACGUUUACGGAAGACCUAUCAAUAAAGAAGAUCGUGAUCUAGUACGACCCUUGUAUGAUAGAUACAGAAAUCUCAAGAGACUCGUGGCCAAGGCAGCAUUGGGAACGUCUGUUAUUAAUGAUCUAGAGACUAUACACGAAGACGAAACAGCCCAUUUUGUAGCAGAUACCCCCAAAACAACUGAAGCGGUUGCAGAAAAAACGUCAGCUGCAGUGACAGACAGCGAUACCGAUGUUUCCAUCAAUGAGAACUUGCAUGCUAUGGACCAGGAAGAAUUGCGACAACAAAUGAAAUUGGCGACAGAGGAGAAGAAGGUCUUGAAGAGGACUAUAAAAGAAUACGAAUUAUCAGUCCAACAGAAAACCGGUAAAAUGGUACAAAAAGAAGAUAAGCAACAAAUUCAGCAACUUUAUAGAAACUACAAAACGGUGAAAUCAAAAAUAAGACUCUUAGACGCAUUGAUUUCCAAGCAGAACUAAUUUUUCUUUCCUACAUAGCUGUUGAUAACACAAAAGUUAAUUAUUUUAUUAUGUAGUUUCGAUGUAGUCACACAUUUAUGUAGCUUAUCGAGGAGAAUGACGGGAUGAAAUCAGCAGAAUAUAUUUUUGAAGCACUGCUUCCUGCUAUAUAAGAAGAAACCAAAGAGCAGUGCAGAAAUACUUCAUCUUCUGGUUACAUCUGUUUAGAUGUCUUCAUGUUUUAUCGAGUCGAAUGAUUCAAAAGUUGAUACAUGGAUUCAUAUUGAAUCUGAUGAUGAAUAUCGACGGAAAAAUUUGAUUCCGAACUGUUGUACUCCGAUUAUGUGAAAUAUAUGCUUUAAUAUUGUUGAUAUUUGGUCAAUUUUUAUAUGAAGUUUCGAAUAUUUUUAAGAACUUUUGAGAAUUUUAAUUACGGUUAAAGAGAUUGGAAAUUGAGGAGAUUUCCUGAGAAUUUUAUUGACUUUGAGUUUUGGUAAAGAAGAAAUUUAUAUCGGAAAAGAUCACCUUAGGUUAAUCUUUUUGUGAAAGCUCAUUCUUGCUCCUUUUUUACUCUUCUAUGUACUAUUGUAAUAAUGAUUGUGUGCAAUAAUAAAAUAUAAAAUUUUU